AGCCGCUCAAGCAAGCAACAACCCUCGUCAUCGUCCCUCCGCUCCAGUAGCGUUAUCUAGUCCAAAUUCUCAACCAUCAAUCAACCUUGCUCUCGCCCAACUGCCGGGGCAAUCCCAAGUACCCUUUGCAUCUUCCUCUCACUCUUUCUUCUUUAGCCCCAGCUCUAUACAUUCGUAUAGCCUGCACCAUCUGCAUCCACCGCUUUCGCCGCCUCCACUACCACAAUUUCAUCCCUCGAGCAUGAUUCCGUACUAUCCUGCUGUAUAUAUCGGGCCCAACGGCGAACAGUUUCCCGUGGGAUAUCAUCCACCGCCCAUGGCUCUGCCCUAUGAACAACACCAGCAGCAGCAGCACGCUUCACCUCAAAACUCGCGUCAAUACCGCCCAACUGCACACCAGCACCAGCACCAGCAUCAUCCUCAGCAUCAUCCACGCGCGCAACAGCAUGCCCUACACCAGCAUUCUCAGCAGCAACAUUCACAGCACUUUCAAGGACACCAGAACGGUCCAUUUCCAAUCCAUGGGCCAACGAGUACGCCCCUAUCUUUUGUGGGUACAACCAUCAAGCCAACCAGCUUCUCUGGACAAUCCACGCUCGAAAGCAUCUCUACGCCCAAUAUGCACCAGCUCAAAUCUUCUGCGUCACUCGGGAGCAUAGGGUCCAGCUCUUCUGGAUCCUCGGGCGAUAAGGGCGAUUCCGAGGGAGGCGAUACAUUCAACAGCCACGAAGACAGCAGCUCAACCAACCUUUCUCCCGCGGUUUCACUACCCGCCCUCCGUGCACCUGCCCCAGAUUACCCCUCUCCGGCACAACCAUCGGCCAAAACCUCCUUUCCGUCGUCUUUGACGGCCGCUGCUUGUACAGGGUCACAGCAGACACAAACGUCACACCACUCAAAUCCUCCCAGCAGUUCCGCCUCUUCCGCCAUGGGAACGAUAUCGCCAGCAGCGGUAGCGGAUACAGGCACACAGGGAAAUGCUGCUGUCUCUGAUACCGGCAAAGCCAGCGCUCAUAUGACCCCUGCUACUGCUGGCGGCGGCAGCGGCAAUGAAAACUACCCUUCUACGACUGAUCCUGCGGCUAAUACGUAUGAAACGGCUGCUGUUCAGGGGCAGCAAGCAGAGGAAGAAGUUGUAGGCGAACGUGAUGGGCUGCAGGAGCAACCGAAACAACAGGAAGCUGUAUCUCCACCCUCUUCUUCACAGCACCAACAUCAACAACAGCAACAACACUUACAGCAGCCAUUCGGACAAUACCCCAGCCCUUACUCUGCCCCACACUCAGUUGGUCCACACUCUGGCUCACACCAAUCGCCAUAUCCUCAGCCCUCCCAUCGAUCUGCUCCUGCAUCCCCUUACUAUCCUUCGCGUCAAAAUCCUAACCACUCCAAGCCGCUCUCAGGCCAGCAAGGUCAAGGGCCCGGUAUUCAUGGUGCAAUGGCCCUCCCUCAGGGCCCUGCCCCCAGUCAGCAAGCUUAUGGAGCACCUCCCCCCUUCUUUGGUCCUACCGUCCCUCCAAUGCCGCCCUCACCGGGGUCACGUCGUACAGCUGUAUACCCGGGCCAGGCACCGGUCCCUCCCGGAUCACAUCCAUUUUCGAUGCCAACUGGCGGUCGGCCUGGUCAGCAGUUUCAUUCCCCAUCAGGCUAUAAGCAGCCCUUUACGAACCAAGGAUACCCGCAGGAUUUUCAACAUUCGGGAUACUACGCGACACCCGAAGGCUGGCAUCAAAUUCCCACGCCCGCAUUACAAAAGAAACCGAAGGAGCUGGACAAGGCGAUGUGGGUGGGUAACGUUCUAAACGAUACAACUCUCGCCGAGCUGCAAGCGAUCUUUGAGGCUGAACCGACAGAGGCUGAGGGAGAUAUUCAGCACGACAUACCAGAGGUAAAAAUCAUCUAUCUCAAUUAAUCCAUACUGUGCUCUGAGGCGAUAUUAUACAGUUAGCAUGAAAUCUCAUGUCGGUUUGUCCUUCUAUGCAUUUAAUCCU